AUGUACCCAUCGAUUUGGCCGGGAGCUCUCAACAAGCAUUUUAGAAAUGGCAUCGACCUCAUCCGUGGCACUGCAGGCGGCUUAGCGUGGGCACCAGCUGUGUCCCUCUCCAGAGGUGCCAUUCUCACUACGCUCUCGUGCAUCGAGACCGGAACACUCUUGCUCGUGGAUGAACCAGGCGAGACUCGCCAUGUUUUUGGCCAGAAACUGUCAUCUGGAACUGACUUGUCAGCCCUGGAGAGUACAAACGAGCGGCGAGCUGGCACCACACCCCGGGUCGAGAUUAUUGUCAAACGAGACACAUUCUGGGUCCGACUCUUCCUUUUUGCCGAUUUGGGGUUUUCGGAGGCAUAUAUGCUUGGAGACUUCCAAUGCGAGGACUUGACGUCGUUUUUCCAGCUGUUUAUUGACAAUAGAGAUCGAAUGAGUAAUGGAAUGACCAUGUUGUCCUGGGCAUCAUCUUCCCUGUCAUAUCUUGUGAGGUCCACGAACACCCUCUCUAACUCACUGUUGAAUAUCUCGGCACACUAUGAUAUUAGCAACGACAUGUUUGCCGCCUUUCUCUCGGACGACAUGACAUAUUCUUGUCCUGUGUGGCAGAUCCAACCAUGCUCAAGGGCGAGUAAUGAGAGUCUAGAAGCCGCCCAACAGAGGAAGCUCGACCGGUUUAUCGAUGGAGCUAGGCUCAAGUCGACAGAUCAUGUCCUGGAGAUAGGCACCGGCUGGGGAUCCUUCGCAAUUGAAGCUGUUAAGAAGUCAGGAUGCAGAGUAACGACCAUCACUCUCUCGAAGGAGCAAAAACAGCUAGCGGAGACGCGAAUACGCAUGGCCGGAUUUCACGAACGUAUUGAAGUGAAGCUGAUGGACUAUCGUGAGCUUCCCGUGCCUGAGCAACCAUACGACAAGAUAAUUUCCAUCGAAAUGCUCGAAGCUGUUGGAAAGGAGUAUCUAAGCACUUAUUUUGGCUGCAUCAACAAUCUCCUAAAGAAGGAAGGCGGUAUUGCAAUGUUUCAAUGCAUAACCAUGCCCGAAAGCCGACAUGAGGCCUACUCCAGAUCGGUAGAUUUCAUCAACCAGUACAUAUUUCCGGGGGGUUACCUACCAUCCAUUACGCAGUUGCUAGGCCACAUCAGUAGUCAAUCUCACGGUACCCUUGUUAUUGAAAACGUCGAGAAUAUUGGGGGACACUACGCAAAGACGCUGCGACUAUGGAACGAAAACUUUCAGAACAACUUUGACAGCAAAAUUAAGUCUGCGUUAUUGCAGAAGCACCCAGGAAUGACGAAAGACGAGAUUGAGGUCUUUCGACGAAAGUGGGAGUAUUAUUUUAGGUAUUGUGAAGCUGGAUUUGCCACCAAGACCCUAGGAGACGUAAUAAUUACUGUUGGCCGAGAAGGCACCAUAGAGUUACUAGAAGGCAUCCCCCUUUAA